UCCUCUUGAGAGGGGUUGGACUGUCUUCCACUCUGGAGUUAUGUAACUAGAUAGAUAUAGUUAUAUAACUAACCCUUUUAAAAACAAGUCAUCACAAACAUCAUAAUGGCUAUAAAGGUGGUAGUCGUCUGUGUAGAAGAAAAAAACUCCUUUCUAUGACUUUUCUGCAUGUUUGAUGCUGUCAGCAGCCAAUGGUGUGAAUGUAUGUGCUGUGCCGAGCUGGUAAAUGAUUGCUAGUGUUGGAGGAGCUGGAGAGAAAAAGGGAGGAAGAGGCCAGUUGGAGAAGGAGAUGCUGCUUGUGGAAGUGGGGCCUGCUGAUUUGGAAGCUCCCCGACGUCAUGUUGAAGCGCCGCGUCUUCCGAGUAAGGAAUGCUCUGCUGAGAGAGUGCAUGGCCGAGUUCUUGGGGACCUUUAUCUUGUUGCUUUUUGGCUGCUCGGCGGCAGCGCAAGUGAAGACCAGCAGGGAGACCAAAGGCCAGUUUUUGUCGGUCAACAUGUCCUUCUCAGUGGGCGUGAUGUCGGCCAUGUACCUCACCAAAGGCAUCACAGGGGCCCAUCUGAACCCGGCCGUAACGCUCAGUUUCUGUGUGUUGGGCCAGGUGCCAUGGAAGAGGAUGCUGCCCUAUUGGCUCUCCCAGGUUCUGGGAGCAUAUGUGGCAUCGGGGCUUGUCUACACAGUGUACUAUGAUGCUAUAAUGGAUUUUAGUGGCAGAGUAUUGACUGUGUAUGGACCAAAUGAGACGGCGUCCAUAUUUGCCACAUAUCCCUCUAAGUAUGUCACCUUGGGAAGGAGUUUCCUGGAUCAGGUAGUGGGCACCGGCAUGCUCAUGUUGUGCAUCCUAUGUUUGGAUGAGAAGAGGAACACCCCGGCUCCCAGCGGGCUGAUUCCCGCCAUCGUGGCCGUGAUCGUGCUGGGCAUCUCCAUGUCCAUGUCGGGCAACUGUGGGGCGGCCAUAAAUCCCGCCCGUGAUCUGGGACCUCGACUUUUUACUCUGACUGCAGGCUGGGGCUCAGAAGUGUUCACGUGUUACAACUACUGGUUCUGGGUGCCCCUGGUGGCCCCCCUUCUCGGGGGUGUUUCAGGUUCUUUCCUCUAUUUAAUCUUCAUCCACUGGCACCUCCCCGACUCGGAUACACCCAAAGAUGUGGACACGCCCUCCAUUGCCAGCGACACAGUCAAGCAGCCCUCAAACAUGCAGCUGAAUGGCAUUGAGUUAAAGAAGUUGUCAUUUGAAGACGUUUACGGAAGACGCUAACAAGCAGGCAUUUUUUCUGUCUUCAAGUUAGUAAGAAGACAUUUUUACAUCAUGCAUCAAUGAGGGGAAGCAGCGCAACAUCAUGGAUGAGUUUCUCAAGCAAGGAAGCAGUAAUAUGGAAAAGAAUGCAAGCUUUCCUCCCCCUCCCCUGCUCCAUCAUCAUCAUCUUCCUCAUCGUCCUCAUCAUCCAGCAUCUCCUCACAACAACUCACAACCUCAUGGUGACCUCAGACAGCGUGAGGAGCAGCGAGGAUGCCUCCACUGGACUCAUUUCACUAGCACCAACUUUGAGGAGGUACAUUUGAUUCCGCCUGCCUGAGCUUUCAGUGGAUGAGGUUUUCCCUUUCAUCCUUCAUGUAUGAUUGUUUACACUUAUGUAGGACUGGGGAUCACUGUGUGCGUGUGUGCGCGUGCGUACAAUAUUACUACUUUGUGGGAACGCUCACAAUAUGGCGUCCAAAAAUGUCUGAUUAUCAUCAGUAUGUAGAUCAACUUGUAGAUGUUUGUUUUAAUAUAAAAGGCAUAGUCUGGUUGGAAAUGACACAAGAAAGUGACAUAUUAAUGUGAAUACAGUGAUGCAUUCAAAUACAAGUGACCCGACUUAAAGCGCUUUUCAAGCUGCGAGAUGUUGUUUAUCAGAUUUUUUUGCUUUGAAGUGCGAGCAAAAAUUCAAGAAUACAACGAGCACUGUAUGGUGGCGGUGAACUCAACUCACUUCACGAAGAGCAGCAGUUUGGCACAUCGUGAGCAAUUCAUCAAAAAAGAGGCUUCAAGCUGUUUAUUGCCAUUCGCAGUUAAAGUUGAUUGUCAAAUUAUUGUCAUAUGGAGUAUUAUUGUUCUUAUUAAAAAAGCAGGAGGGA